CACGCAAGCCCGGGGAGAACAUGCAAAUUCCACACAGGGAGGCUGGAGCUGGAAUCGAACCCAGUACCUCUGCACUGUGAAGCCGACGUGCUAACCACUGGCCUACCGGACCGCCCUACGGAAAUAUGUGUUUGAAAAAAUAUAGCACAGAUAUGAAUCAUAAGUGGGUCAUGCGCAGCCAGAAGUGACCAUUUGAUUAGAUGCGCGUUGCAAACAUGGAGGUUAACAUACGCGCCGCUACCAAAGUAGACUGCAAAAACAUACAGUAUUGAGAUUGAUAAUGGCAAGUAACACACACACACACACGCGCGCGCGCGCGCACAAAUAUAUAUUCGUCCGUCAAAUGUAAACGAUUAUUUUGUCUAACGUCAUCAGAAUACCUCGAUUUAAAAAAAGUCGCUGCUAUAUCUUUUAUUUUGAAGGGAUACCAUUAGCACGGAUGCACAAUUGCGGUGUCUUCUUUUAACACGGAAGUUAGGAAAGACUAUUAAUGAAGUGAGCACGAGCAGUUCAGAGCUGAAUGCGCGAACUUCACUUAACGUGACUCCAGUUUUAUUCUACUGUGGCAAACAUGAACUUCACAAUACGUGCUGCGACUAAAGUGGACUGCAAAGACAUAUCAAGAAUGAUAAUGGAACUGGCACUGUUUGAAAAGAUGACUGAUCAAGUGAAGAUAUCAUCCGAGGAAUUGGAGCGUGAUGGUUUCUGCCCAAAUCCUUUAUUUGAAUGUCUUGUCGCAGAGGUACCAAAGGAGAACAAAUCUAAACAAGGAUUCACCACUGUUGGGUACGGCCUUUACUUUUACACAUACAGCACAUGGAAGGGACGAUCGAUGCAUUUGGAGGAUUUGUAUGUGAUGCCUGAAUUCCGAGGAUUUGGCAUCGGAAAAGGUUUACUGAGCACCGUUGCGAAGGUGGCCAAAGAGAAGCAUUGUGCUCGCUUGCAAUUAAGCGUUUUGGACUGGAACGCCCCUUCACGAGACUUCUACGCUGCUCGAGGAGCUCAGGAUCUCACCAUCAAGGAAGGUUGGCACUUAAUACGUUUUGAUGGACAAAGUCUCGACAAUUUGGGAAAUGAUGCACAGAAGAAAUAAAAGGGAUUCCGACACGGCCCCGGAAGUGGCCGAAGAUGGAUGGAUGGAUUUUCUGCUCAUACCUUUCAAUAAAACAUACCAUAUGGUUCCUUUCCUACAGUU